UAGUUCCAAGAUUUUACUCAGAAUGACUUUAGGAAGAGAAAUGAUGUCUCCUCUUCAGACAGUGUCUUCCUUUACUGCAGCUGGCAGGAAUGUUUUAAGAUGGGACCUGUCACCAGAGCAAAUUCAAACAAGAACUGAGGAGCUGAUUGUGAAGACCAAACAGGUGUAUGAUGCCGUGGGAAUGCUUGAUAUUGAGGAAGUGACAUAUGAUAAUUGUUUGCAGGCACUGGCGGAUAUAGAAGUGAAAUAUAUAGUGGAAAGGACCAUGCUAGACUUUCCCCAGCAUGUCUCCUCUGACAAAGAAGUUCGGGCAGCAAGUACAGAAGCAGACAAAAGACUUUCUCGUUUUGAUAUUGAGAUGAGCAUGAGAGAAGAUAUAUUUCAGAGAAUUGUUCAUCUACAGGAAACCUGUGAUCUGGGAAAGAUAAAGCCUGAAGCCAGACGAUAUUUGGAAAAGUCAAUUAAAAUGGGAAAAAGGAAUGGACUCCAUCUUCCAGAACAAAUCCAGAACGAAAUCAAAGCAAUGAAGAAAAGAAUGAGUGAGCUGUGUAUUGACUUUAACAAAAACCUCAAUGAGGACGAUACCUUCCUUGUAUUUUCCAAGGCAGAACUUGGUGCUCUUCCUGAUGAUUUCCUUGACAGUUUAGAAAAGACAGAUGAUGACAAGUAUAAAAUUACCUUAAAAUAUCCACACUACUUUCCUGUCAUGAAGAAAUGUUGUGUCUCUGAAACCAGAAGGAAAAUGGAAAUGGCUUUUAAUACAAGAUGCAAAGAGGAAAACACUAUAAUUCUGCAGCAACUUCUUCCUCUUCGGGCCAAAGUAGCCAGACUACUUGGCUAUAGCACACAUGCUGACUUUGUUCUUGAAAUGAAUACUGCAAAAAGCACAAGUCAUGUGACAGCCUUUCUAGAUGAUUUAAGCCAGAAAUUAAAACCCUUGGGGGAGGCGGAACGAGCAUUUAUAUUGAAUUUGAAGAAAAAGGAAUGUGAAGAGAAAGGUUUUGAAUUUGAUGGGAAAAUCAAUGCUUGGGAUCUACAUUACUACAUGACUCAGACAGAGGAACUCAAGUACUCUCUUGACCAGGAAAUCCUCAAAGAAUAUUUCCCAAUUGAUGUAGUUACAGAAGGUUUGCUGAACAUCUACCAGGAAUUGUUGGGACUUUCAUUUGAGCAAGUGGCAGAUGCUCAUGUUUGGAAUGAAAGUGUUACACUUUACACUGUGAAGGACAAAGCUACUGGAGAAGUGUUGGGACAGUUCUACUUGGACCUCUAUCCAAGGGAAGGAAAAUACAACCACGCAGCCUGCUUUGGCCUCCAGCCUGGCUGCCUUCUCCCUGAUGGGAGUCGGAUGAUGUCUGUAGCUGCCCUUGUUGUGAACUUCUCACAGCCAGUAGCAGGUCGGCCCUCUCUCCUGAGGCACGAUGAGGUGAGGACUUACUUCCAUGAGUUUGGUCAUGUCAUGCAUCAGAUUUGCGCACAGACUGAUUUUGCACGAUUUAGUGGAACAAAUGUAGAAACUGAUUUUGUAGAGGUGCCAUCACAAAUGCUUGAAAACUGGGUCUGGGACACUGAUUCUCUCAGAAGACUGUCAAAACAUUAUAAAGACGGAAGUCCUAUUACAGAUGAUCUGCUUGAAAAACUUGUUGCUUCUAGACUGGUCAACACAGGUCUUCUGACCCUACGCCAGAUUGUUUUAAGCAAAGUCGAUCAAUCUCUCCAUACCAACACAUCACUGGAUGCUGCAAGUGAAUAUGCCAAAUAUUGCACAGAAAUUUUAGGUGUCUCAGCUACUCCAGGCACAAAUAUGCCAGCUACUUUUGGACAUUUGGCAGGGGGAUAUGAUGGCCAAUACUAUGGAUAUCUUUGGAGUGAAGUAUUUUCCAUGGACAUGUUUUACAGCUGCUUUAAGAAAGAAGGGAUAAUGAAUCCAGAGGUUGGAAUGAAAUACAGAAACCUAAUCCUGAAACCUGGAGGAUCUCUGGACGGCAUGGACAUGCUCCAGAAUUUCUUGAAACGUGAGCCAAACCAAAAAGCGUUUCUAAUGAGCAGAGGCCUGCACGCUCCAUGAACUGGGGAGCUUUGGUCACCAUCCAUGUCUGAGGACAAGCCCACAUCGCCAUGUGUUACUGGCCUGGAAACUGAAGGGAGUUUUUCUAAUGGAAAUUUACAUUUCUAUUGACUUUGUUUUGUUUUUUAAUUUUAGAAAUUAUACAGAUGUAAAUGGAAUUCCAAAUACUGUGACCCAAGGAAAAAGAAACACACUAGAAAAUAAUUUUACUAUAAAAUUUCAUAACAGUGGAUUUGAUUUCUAUUUAUAAAAGUUUCAUAUAAAUGUAAUUUGAUUUUUUUACUCUGAUAAUAUAGAUAAUAUAAUUAAGAGGGCUAAGAAUUUUUAAAUUUAAUCAUAGGCAUUAUAUAAUUUGAUCCUCCUUAUAUUUUAAAGUUUUGUACUUGGGAUUUCUUAACUGAUAAACAAAUCACUACCUAUUCCUCUAUAAGUAUUUUUCUUAGAUCCUGCAUCAGCUUUGAUUUUCUUUCUCACAGUACAUUGUGACCUCUUUGCUUGUGUUUCUCUGAGCCAGAGGAAUAUUCCUCGGUAGUACAUUUAUCUUUGUCUAACAGGCCUCAUGACUUCCAACUUUCUGCCACACUUGAAUUAUGUGCCUGUUUUGGUUUGUCUAUGGCCCAGUCAGAGAAUA